CACCCCGCCAUUUCUUAGAUUUUGUCGCAUAUAAUUUUUUAAGCGAAAGAACUCAGAUUUAAUCUAUCGUAUUCGAAUCUACUGCUUUAUGCCAGUAUUCUCUACUUCUUUCUUUCUUCUUCUUUUUUUUGAUCCAUCAAGAGUCAAAUUUACUCCCGACAGGCCAACACCAACGAAAGACCUAGUUUCUGUAAAUUACUCUGUUUAUUUGAAGAAAAGGACAACGCACCGUCUCGGCAUCUAAGCAUAGGCCUGUUCGAAGAUUCAAUGCGAUAAUAUAUUAGGGUGUUCCCACCUUUAGCAUACGAUCAUUCCAGGCCCACUCAAAUUCGGUGUCCGAGGCUUUUGAUUCUUCUGCUUGGGUUUUCUUUCUGUCGAAUUCGAGAGAAAGCUUGGGUGUUCUCCUUUUGGGGAUCCUGGGUUCGCUGAUUAUAAGUUUGGUUUCGAAUACUGAUACCUUGUUUUCAGUUUAGAGGAGUCAAGUUGAGAUCUUUUGUAGUCCAUAAAUAAGCCGAUAGGAUGUCUUGAUUUGAACUAGUUCUCCAUUUCGGAGGUGAAGUUUAGUGAUACAAGUUUGUUUUGGACAUUGUUGUACCCAAUUCCAGUUUUUGGAUUCCUUAGAAGAAAAAUCCUAUAGUGUCUGGUAAGUUGACUUAAAUUUCCUGUUCGAGUGUGAAGCUCAGUGAUAUACCUUUGUUUUGAAUACAUUCAAUUUUUUGAUUAGAUUAUCAAGUAUAUACUUUCUCGGCCUUUACACAGUCUAUUAGGUUUCUCUGUAUUGGAUUAAAUUUUGGUGUCCAGAGAGUUCAGCAUUGUAGUUUCUAAGGAAAAAUGUAAAGAAAUGGAUGGGAGGGGCAUAUGAAUGGGGAUGAAGUGAGAAGAGGUUAUUGAGUAAUUCUUUGCAAGGUCAGACAUCUCAGAGUGGUGACACAGUGAAGGGAUUCUUGGAGAUGGAGGGGAGGGGGUUCUCAGACUUGUUUAGAAAUUCUAGUGAGGAGAUCUUUCUGAAGUCUAUGAUGGAGAAUCCAAUUGAAGUUUCAGCACCGAGUAUGGAGAUGCUGGGGUUUAAGAACAUCUUGCAGCCCUUUCGAGGAGACAGCGAGGAGCUUUUCAACACUUGGCUGAUGAAUGGAGAGAUUCCUGGCUUCAGCUCCACAAGCGUAGCUCAUCGUACUCGGCAAGCAUCUCGGAGAAUACCAACAGAACUUGGUGUUCUUUCAAGCCAACAAAAUGGAGUUGCAGUUCAAAAGAAAACUAGCAAUGACAACUCAUCUCAGCAAAAUUUAAGCAAGGCUGAUGAACAUUUGAAUGACCUUUCACAACAUUCUCUCAGGUUUGCAGCAGAGCAAGGAAUGCAGGAUAGUAACUUGUAUUUGGCAAAGGCAUGGUUUCACAGUUCUCAACCAAUGACUAGAAGUCGCUCUUCUGAGCUACGGAGGAGGUAUGCUGCUAUGCAAAGUAUGCAGAAGCCAACAGUUGCAGAAAAUCCAAAUAAUGCUGGAGGACAAGGUGCCGACAGAAUGAAACAAGAAUUUAUGAGCACCAGUAAUUUGUGUGGCAUCUCAGUGGAUGAGAUGUCCAAUCAACUGCUGAAUUUCAUGUCGCCAUCCAUUUCAUCCGCAUCUCCCCUUGAUACUCCUCCAAAGGCAACUGUAGAUGCAGUUUCUUCUGUUGUCAGCAUGCUUAAGGGCACACUGGAACGCAAAAAACUUGGCAACCAAGCCAAUAAAGGAAACCUAGAAGGAAGUUCUUUUGGGUUUUAUAGUGCUCAACAAGUUCUUGUCAAUUUGAGUUCCAAUCAAGAUGCAGCAAAUCAGGUUCUUGGACAAUCCAGCAACUUUCAACUGGUAUCCUCUGUCCAGAUGCAAAGUUCAGGGAACUUGCCAACAGCUGAGAGGUCUAUAGAACUAAACAUGGAAGGAUUUGUUACUCAAACAAGCCAGAUUCAGAUGGGGACAAUGUCUCAAGAACCUUCACAAAGUGGAUCAUCUGCUGCUGCACCUACAUUUUCAACUGGUUUUGAUGUAUGUGAUGGUCCUGCUCAUUCAGGACAGACUACAUCAGUUUGUGAGAGUUCCAGAAAACAUGUUGGUAAUGGAACUCCAAACCAUGGGAUUAAGGCCAAAGAUGCUACUACUCGUUCUCAACCAUGAGCAUACAAACCAGCACACUCCUCUGUGGAGGAGUUUUUCAGCAGGUUUACAGGGAAUGCUGGACUGGUGGCUUCAGGUGUGGCCAGAAACCUGAAUAUAGUGGGCAACUAUAUCAAAGAACACAUUGAUGACAUUGUAUAUCCUUACCGCAGGAACCCGUAGGUUUAAUCUCAACAGGGAAAUAACCAAUGCAAAAGGGGUUAUGGGUGUGUUACUAUUUCCAUUUUCUGCCAUAUCGGUUUAUUCUUGUAACUUGAGAAUAAUGCUUUUGUGAUAGUGCAAGAGACAAAUCGUUUAGAUGUUGCACAUGGAUUCGAUCAUUGCUAAUAGUGAUCAUAAAAGCUGAUCAGAGCAGUUCAUAGGUUAGCUGGAGAUUAUGACCAUAUUUUCCUCAAAACCUUUUGCUUGUACCCAUGCAAUGUGUGAUCAGCAAUGAGCCAAAACAUGGUGGGUUUAUUUAUGUUCUCUUUUUUCCUCAAAAAAAGAAAAAAAAAUUAUGUUCUCUUCA